GUUCAAGCCUCUAGCUUUAAUCCAAGCCCAAGUUUUUGCCUCUCUAGAGCUUAACAAGGCUGAAAAUAAGCCCACAAAGCGGCCCUGCAUUUAGAGCCCACCUCGGGCCUCUACUCCCCCUGGUGGCGGUCCCUCAGGACCCUUUGGUGCCACCUCUGCUCGUUUAGGCCCGCGCCCCGCCGUCCCCCUUGGGAGCUGUUGGCUUCCUUCCCCCGCCUCCCCUCCUCCUCGUCUCGUCGGCGUCUUCUGCCUGUUGCCCCCGCUACCCCUUUCCUCCACCGGCCCCGCCUCUUCUCCCCUAGAAGCACCCCGUCGGCGAGCCAACCCUUUGAGCCCGGGCCGGGCAGCAUCGCGGAGCAGCGCUAGAGCUAGAGAGCUGGCUAGCUUCAGCACCGACGGCGUCAGCGGAUCGCCGGUCAUCAGAUCAUCGACGUGGUCUGCAACGACAGCAGCUCACAGUUCGGUCCUCCGCCCGGGUGAUCCUGCAGAAGAAGAAGGAUGCCGCCGGCCAGGAAAAGCCAGCAGGCUCCGCAAGCCUCGUCCGGCCCCUUGGGCCGCCUCAAGACUGCUAUAACGGCGCUCACUUCCCUGCAGUUUUGGAAAGCCUUCCUGUUCGAUCCGGGGAGUGUCUCCCUUAUGGCAUGCCUCUUGCUGUGUGUCGAAGUCGUUCUCAACAUUUUUGUCAUAGAGCGAGUGAGGUACACUGAAAUAGACUGGAGGGCUUACAUGCAAGAAGUUGAAGGUGUCUUGAAUGGGACCUUCGAUUACUCUCAACUGAAAGGAGACACCGGACCACUUGUUUAUCCUGCUGGAUUUGUUUAUGUGUACAUGGUCUUGUACUACGCUACUCAGCAGGGACGUAAUAUUAAAAUUGCUCAGUACAUAUUUUUCCUUUUGUACAUUAUUAUGCUCAUGCUUGUUUUUCGCAUUUAUGUCAAAAGCAAAAAGAUACCUCCAUUUGUGUUAUUCCUGUCGAUCAUUACUUCAUAUAGAGUUCACUCCAUUUUUGUAUUGAGGUUGUUUAAUGAUCCGAUUGCUAUGAUUUUAUUGUAUGCCGCCAUUAAUUUGUUCAUGGAUGGACAUUGGACAAAAGGAAGUUUGGCUUUCAGUGCUGCAGUGUCAGUUAAAAUGAACAUUCUUCUAUUUGCUCCAGCGUUGCUUAUUUUGUACCUCACCUCUCUUGGCUUACGAGGUACUGUUGUCCAAAUAUCCAUUUGUGCUGCCCUCCAGUUGGUCUUAGGCUUGCCGUUUCUUUUAUCAAAUCCUUUUGCCUACAUUGUUGGGGCAUUCAACAUAGGCCGAGUGUUCAUGUACCAAUGGACUGUAAAUUGGAGAUUCAUUCCUGAAGAAAUAUUUGUAAAUCGGGGAUUCCACAUAGCCUUACUCGGACUACAUGUUUUUUUGAUUGCGCUGUUCCUUCCCGAGUGGAUAACUUACCUGAAGAGUUUUGCACGGUUGCGGCAAGUGCAGAAGGACUUGUACUCAAAACAGCAAGCAAAACCAGAAAGCAAAAAGAAAAACAUCCCACAAAAGGAGGUUGACAUGAGUGUAACAUCUCGGCUCCUGCUUCUACCUCUAUUCACAGCAAACCUCAUUGGUAUUGCCUGUGCAAGGUCUCUUCAUUAUCAGUUUUACGUAUGGUACUAUCAUACAUUACCAUAUCUAGUUUGGAGUUGUCCAUUUACGGUACCAAUGCGGCUUUCUCUUCUUGGUGUCCUUGAGCUGUGUUGGAAUACCUACCCUUCCACAGACUUGAGCAGUGCAGGAAUUCAUGUAUGCCAUUUAUUUUUGUUGAUUGGCUUAUUCUGCAAUAAGUUUCAGGGUAGGCAGCCAGAACCUGAUCCCACUGCAGCUGGCAACCAGUAAUAUAUUUUUUGAACCAAUAUGUCUCAAUGGUUGUGAAGUUUAUUGUGUGCCAUACACUUUGUAUAUAAUUUGCAAUGAUUUUUAUCUUCUGUGAUCUAUUUUGUAGAAUUAGUAGGUUUUAAGUGCCUUUGUGUUGUUAAUUAAUAGUGUUAUUGUGUCUUUCUAAUUUAUAUUCAAUUUCAUCUGUAUGACAAUCUUUCAUGAGAGCAUUUUAUCAAAUUUAUUGAUAUUGUCUCUCUUGACAAACUGAUGAGUUUGUAACAAAAUAAAUUGAAUAAAUGGUCUUUUUCCUAA